AUGAGGAGGGACAACCUGACUUGGGUGAGUGACUUUGUCCUCGUGGGCCUCUCCAGGGACCAGCAGGCUCAGGCUGGACUCUUCAUCCUCUUUGGGGCCACCUACCUGCUGACCCUGCUGGGCAACGGGCUCAUUGUCCUCCUGACCGGGCUGGACAGGCGUCUCCACCUGCCCAUGUACUUCUUCCUGAGCCACCUCUCCAUCGUGGACAUCGGGUACACCACCAGUGGGGUCCCCCAGAUGCUGGUGCACUUUCUCCAAGAAAGGAAGACCAUCUCCUUCAGACGGUGUGGGCUCCAGCUCUUCUUCUCCCUGGCCCUCGGGGGUACUGAGUACCUGCUGCUGGCCGCCAUGGCCUAUGACCGCUACGUGGCCAUCUGUGAUCCUCUGUGGUAUAUUACAGUGAUGAGCCUGAGGCUCUGCGUGGUGCUGGUGGCCGUGUGCUGGCUGGUAGGCCUGGCGAAUUCGGCCGUGGAGACAGCCAUCACCAUGAGCCUGCCCACCUGCGGGCGCAACGUGCUCAAUCACGUGGCCUGUGAGACGCUGGCGCUGGUCCGCCUGGCCUGUGUGGACACCACCCUCAACCAGCUGGUCAUCGUGGUCUCCAGCAUCGUGGUGCUGCUGGUGCCCUGCUGCCUGGUGUCCCUCUCUUACACCCACAUUGCAGCCGCCAUCCUGCGUAUCCGCUCCAGCCAGGGACGCCGCAAGGCCUUUGGGACCUGUGCCUCCCACCUGGCCGUGGUCUCUAUGUCCUACGGGAUGGCCCUCUUCACCUACCUGCAGCCCCACUCGGCUGCCUCGGCGGAGCAGGACAAGAUGGUGGUGCUCUUUUACGCCGUGGUGACGCCGCUCCUGAACCCACUCAUCUACAGUCUACGCAACCAGGACAUGAAGGCAGCGCUGAGCCGGCUCCUCGGCAGGAACCCCCGGCUCGGGCGUUAG